GCGCAGGCAGCGUCAACCGCAUCGAGGGGCAACCGUCCUUUAAACGUGUUAAAGGAGGACAAAUAUAAAAACACACAUGACUCGACAAUUAACGGAAUGGGUGAUGGUGAAAAGGGGGCUAACCAGCUUUUUUUGGACGUUUAUGUGAAGUGCGAGAUAAAAAUGUACCCAAACUGAGACGGGGGAAGUCCCCGCGAGGAAAUCCCCUCUUCAUAAGAUCAUUUCGAAAUUGAGCGUGGCUCUCACAGGCUGAACUUCUCCGAGAACAGCAGACGCCUGUUGAUCCUAUGAUAUUCAAACCUUUACGGUUUUCGUGUAUAUAGCGUUUUAUGUGUUUUUGUUGUUUUAAUAUUUACCAUGGAUGAGAUGAAGAGGGAGAACGAGGCGCUCAGAGCGAAGCUACGCAGCUGCUCGACGCUCAACACGUUUUAUCACGAGACGCAGCAAGAAGUUACGAAUUUAAAUCAAGUCAUAUCAUCCAAAAACGGAAUUAUUGCCGAAUUGAGGGCAAGACUGGGAAAGUAUGAGAAAAGUGUCGUCUUAGAUGGAGAGGAGCCCUAUAUUGUCGGACCGUCGAAAUCUUUGAUCGAGAGUUUGUGUAAAGAAAUCUGCAAAUUAAAGCAAAAAUGUAAAGAUUCAGAAGCGGACGCAGCACAGAAAGUUGAAACCAGUAAAGAUGAGAUCCAGAGGUUGCAAGAAAUGUUAAAGGAGAAGGACCAAGAGCUGGAGAUGAUCAGACACAGGCCCGAGCAGGAAAAGGAACGGGAGAUCCAUCGCCUGCGCUCCACCCUGGCCGAAAAGGAUCGGGCACAGGCCACCAGGGCCGUCCUUUGCAAUUCACUUGCUGAAGAAGCUGAGCAGUUGAGGGCCCAACUGGGGGCCACGGUUCAGGUGUGCCAGGAGCUUUUGGGGCGUCUGGAAAAUGAAAAAAGCAAGAGCACCAUGCCGGAUCAAAGAGCUCAGGUUAAUGAGAGAACGGUUUCCUCAGAUGUUUCCCAUCUAAACAUCAUCAUCAACAAGUUACAAGAAGAGAACGAGGAGCUUAAAAGAAGAGUUGCAUAUGUGGAAAGUUUAAACUCAAAGUGGCAGAAAUAUGACUCCAGCAGAGAAGAGUAUGUGAGGGGUUUGUGUCAAAAGUUGAAAGAAUCGAAUUGCCUGGCAUCUUCGGGUCCCAACCUCACCCAAACGUCGGCGGCGGGGGGCACGGCUCUGUUUCAACAGGAGAUCGCACGGCUCAAUGGACUCCUGGAGGAGAAGAUGGUGGAGUGCGAGAGACUCGGCAGAGAAAAGGAUGACAGUGUCAGAAGAGACCAGGAGCGUAUUCAGAUGCUCGAACAACAGGUACUGGCCUAUAUUGAGGACUUUAAAUCGGAGAGAGCAGACAGAGAGCGGGCUCAAGGUAAAAUCCUGGACCUGCAAGACCAAGUUGGGAGACUUCAACUGCAAAUACGCACACAGAGCGUCCAAGAUGCCGCAUCCUCACGCCGAACUCACAUGGGAUUAAAAAAGGCCUCACACCGACAGACAGACGUUGCCGAACCGUUGCUAAGGAACAGUCCGCCGGAAACAAUCUCGAAAAGAACUAUCGGUAACUCUGCAACGCAAGGAACCGCUGGACUGCAGUGCCCCAGAUGUCUUACCACAUAUGACGACGAACACACGGCCGAAUACCUAAACCACUGGGACGAGUGCGCCAAGCUGUGAGUCUCAAAAUUGAGUGACUUUUUAAAGGGCACAACAAGCACUGAGGACAGAAUCACUACAAGCACAUUGACUGUGGGAUGUGCGGCAGAAUGAGCAGUGAAUAACGCAUGUUGGAACAGUAUGGACUUUUCCAUUCGAAAUUAUGAUUUAGGGUUAAGGCAUUCCCAGUUCAAGGGCUUACUCACGUGGAAAAUGGUUUGGGUGUGAAUAUUGCUUUAUUCAGUCCCAGACCAUUCAUGUUGUUUAUUCGAGUUAUGCCAUUUAUUGGUGUGAUUCAAGCAUGGUACGGUUUAUCUAAGCAGUUGACUUAUUGCUUAAUACUCUGUGGUAGAUCUGUGUAUAAUUCAGAUAGAUCCUAAAAUUGGUAUCAUAUACCUCAAUAAUAUGUGUUGUCUUUAUCAACUGGUUUGCACUUUUUGCUAUUUUAAUUAUUGCCAAAUACAGAUGAUAAAAGCACAUAACUUUUAUAUUUAAUGCAUAAGCUUCUUUAUUAACAGACUAUAAGAUAUUUUUGUACACUUUUUUUGUCACGAUGGUGCUAAUGUACAGUUUAACGUGUAAAGUUUCUAUAUUUUAUUUUCUUAAGUAUAGUGUUGUUAUUUGACGUCAUUUGAAUCAAUUUGACCAUAAAAUGAGAGCAGCACACACUAUAACUAAUCUGAUAUCUGAUCUCUUAAUAUAAACAGUAUGACAUUUUCAUUGUGAAUGUUAUUAAAAUUAUUACGUGGUUCUGUCAUAAAACGUCAUUACUUAUUUUAGACUUCAAGGCACCAUUUGAGUGUGAGGUACUUGCCAUUUGAUCCCCCUCUGCAGUCGAAAACAUUCUAGUUUUAAGUAAGAGAGGAAGUUCCCUACAUCCUGCAAACUGACGCGAGACCUUAAAUUCUCAGACGCUGUCUAACAAAAUGGCCACCCGAAGGCAGUGGAUUGGGUUUUAAUAUGUAAAAUAUCAAUUUAACUUUGCACAAAAGGUGUCAAACUAUGACUUGACAUAAGAGGAUUUAUUUUUGUAAUAAAAUAUUUGCUACAAAAAAC